GAAAAAGAUAUCGUUUGGUUGCGAGUUUGACAAGAUUCCGAAUCGACAUUGAGAGUAUACUCUUCAGCCAGUCUGGCCAAUAUUAGCAAAGCCGUUGACAAAACGUUCUGAUCUGUAAAGGAACAUUUUGACUGACUAGAAAACUGCUGAGCUUUGGUCAGAGGUUUUUUGCUGAUUCGGCCUCUGCUAAAAAAUCCAGUUCAUCGCCAUCGUAAUCUGUCCAAGUGGUCACACCAUAACCCAAUAGAGGUUCAACCGAGCAAACGGAAUCGUCACAAGCUUGUAAUCGAACCUCUAGCCAUACGAUACCUUCGCGGCUCCUGCUUUAGUGCAUCAAGAACAACAAGUCUUUUCUGAAAUCGAACUUUGGUCAUCUUUUGGAGAAUCAGCAAUCGGAAAACAUAUCAAAAUCAUGUCGGCAACACCCCCACGACCUCCUUUGACGGUGAAUAUCAACGAUGCAAAUUUACAAAACCCGAAUGUGACGGGGCCACGAACCCCAACCAGCGGGGUGCCAGUUCCUCCACGACCUGGCUCCGCCAACAGUAAUCGGUCAUCGAGUAGCGGCGGACAGAGGAUUGGACCAUACGUUGUUGGGAAAACACUGGGCGUUGGGAGUACUGGUCGAGUCAAACUUGGAACCCAUAUAGAAUCUGCUCAGCGAGUUGCUAUCAAGAUCAUCCCGAAAGAGACUCUCUCUACUACCUCGUCAUCGUCAUCCCAACAGCCCCCCGCGUCGCCCGCAACCUCAACCCCACCCAGUGCAUCAGCAUCAUCGACACCCCCGGUGCCAUCCAUUAACAAAAAACUGGAGAGGGAGAUUACGAUUAUGAAGUUGAUACAGCAUCCAAAUGUGCUUCAACUUUACGAUGUUUACGAAACCGACAAAGAGUUGUUUUUGAUUUUAGAGCAUGUCGAGGGCGGAGAACUCUUUGAUUACCUUGUCAAAAAGGGACGACUGAGCGAGCAAGAAGCACUCGGAUUCUUUCAGCAGAUUAUGUUUGGAAUUGAUUUCUGUCAUAGAUACCUCAUCUGUCAUCGUGAUCUCAAACCCGAGAACCUCCUCCUUGACAAGGAACUCAAUGUCAAAAUCGCAGACUUUGGAAUGGCCAGUUUGCAAGUUACUGGCAAAAUGUUGGAGACGAGUUGCGGCUCGCCCCACUACGCAUCUCCCGAAAUCAUAAAGGGCAUUCGUUACGACGGUCCUGCAGCCGACAUUUGGAGUUGCGGUGUGAUCCUCUAUGCUCUAUUGACGGGCAAUCUUCCAUUCGAUGAUGAGAAUAUUAGGAGACUGUUGAGCAAGGUGAAAUCUGGAAUGUACUUUAUACCCGAUCAUGUUAGCGCGGAUGCAAAGGAUCUGAUCAAACGGAUGCUGGUUGUGGAUCCUUCGAAGCGAAUAACUAUGAAGGACAUCUUUCGACACCCUUGGUUUUGUUCUCAAACACCAAAGCAUGGAGAAAGUAGCUAUCCAACUCCAAUGGAUCCAGCAAAGCUGACUAAACCAGUGGAGGAUCCUAGUCAGCUGGAUCCCGAUAUCCUCAACUCACUCUCUUUGCUAGGCUGGGGUGAUGAGAAGGAAUUGGCUAAAGCACUGCAGGAUAAAGAGGAAAACAUGGAGAAGGUAUUCUACAAUCUUCUCCUGCAACGCAAAUGGGACUUUUUUGAACAUUACGAUGUCCGAGAAUUGAGCUCUUGGGAUGUCGAAGGUGGUCCCCGCCGCCGCACAAACUCCUAUGCUUCCCUCAAUACGCCUACAACUGCUUCACGGUUCGACCUCUUCCGCUCCGAGCUCACGCUCGCAAGCCCGGAUUCGACAAUGCGGCGGUCCACCGAUGAACUCCGCAAGAGUGUGGAUGAUUUGAGGAGGUCUCGGGAAGAGUUGCGCAAAAGUGCUGAGCUGAUUGCGACUGGUAGCGGGAGCAGUGCUAGUCAGGAUGAGAUUCGGGCUAGGCGGAGGAGUGGGGAUGUUAUUGGCGCUGCGAGUGAGGAAGGAAAAAGCACGGGUGCCAAAAGGGACAGUUCCAAAAAAGUGUUGAGCGGCAAAUAUACAGAGACAGCACCUCGUGUGAACAGUCCUCUUUCGGCGUCUACCCACAUUGCUGCAGAAGGGAACUCUACAUCUGGGGCUCAUACCCAAGAACCCACUCAGAAUUCUUCAACGCCAUCGACAGCGGAGCACUCUCGGUCCUCAUCUAUUAGUAGAAGCAGUGCGACCGGACAGUCGGCCGAGGCAAAGAAGAAAUUGACCAUUAGUAUUCCUGCAUCGGGAGAUGAAGGCUCGGGUGAUGACAAGAGCGUGAAAAGCGGACAAGGGCAGGACAAGGAGCUGGGAACGCCGAAAUUCCAUCGAAAGAAGCCCAUUGUUGUCCCUCCGACUCCCAUUAUUACAUCUAGCCCCAAACGUAGCUGGUUUGCCAAUCUUUUCCACUUUAAACCUGAUGCCUUUACGGUCUACAGUAGCCAAGACUUUGAUAGAACAAUGACGGCUAUUGGAGAACUAUUAACAGCCCAUGAUAUCAGGAACCAACCGCUCAGAGGAGGAGGCUACAAAUGCAAGUUUGAAGCAUCGAGUCCAUCCGCUGCCAUUCUCACCGCCAUGCACACUGCCUCAUCCUCUCCGUCAACGUCAUCACCAACGAGUGAACAAGGGAAUCCACCCAUCAUAAAGAAUGUAAAGUUCCGAGUUGAUCUGCUUCCAAACGAUGAGGGAGAGGGUCUACCAUGGAAAUUACAAUUUACACAGCAGCAAGGUGCGAAUUCCACCUUUCAGUUGAUUUGCCAGCGUUUUAAAGAGUCGUGGGACUAUGAGCAGUAAAUCCCAGGCGAAAAUAGAAAGCUUUUCGUAUUUUCCUUUCUUUCCUAACUCUUUUGUUUUUUUGUUAUUCUGUCGAAAGCUUGUAUGAAUUAUUAAAAACAUGUAGUAUUGUUCGGC